AUGAAAUUCACAUUCUCUCUAUUGCGGCCCAAUCUGGGCUAUGUCAUGCUGGGCCUGGCUAUGUCAGUCAUAAUUGGGGGUAGCUAUACGGCCGAAGCGGUGAUUUUCGGCCACACCAUUGGUAGUCUAAAUCCAUGCAUUGGAGCAGAUGGUAUCAGAGAUGCCGGCCAUCUGUACGGAUUACUGUUCUUCAUUAUGGCGCUUGUCGAAUUAUCAGCCAAUAUUGUCGGCGGCUGCGCAUUCGGUUGGGCGGCCGACAAGAUUCUCUACCGUAUUCGCGUGCUUUCUUUGAGAUCUCUCAUGGGGCAGACCAUUCAAUGGCAUGGAAUGGAGGAUAGGACCCCUGGGACACUCCUCACUUACAUCACCGGCGAUGCAACUGCUCUUAGCAGUAUCACAGGGACAACCAUCGGAUUGUUGUUAGCCACAGCAGUCAACCUGGUAGCUGGACUAGUGGUAUCCUUUGCGAUCGCCUGGAAGAUAGCUAUCGUGCUACUACCCACGAUUCCUGUCCUGCUAGCCUCAGGAAUGAUGAAACUUCGGACACAGGCGCAAUUCGCUGAACGCCACCAAAAGGCUUUUGCCCAGGCGACUGCCAUUACAGUGGAAGCCGUGGAUAACAUCCGGGCUGUAUCGGCAUUCUCGCUGGAGCAACAAUCAUGUGCGGUCUAUGAAAGAGCAUUGGAGGAGCCCUAUCAGGAAACUUUGUGGUCUAUUGCAUUUGGAAACUUUUUCCUUGCCUUGGCUUUCAGCAUCAGUAAUCUGGUUUACGCUCUGGCUUAUUGGUGGGGUACCAAACAGAUUGUGAAUGGUCUAUAUACUCAGACCCAAUUCUUCAUCGUGCUCCCCGCUCUCCUGUUCAGUACACAGUCCUGUGGUCAGAUGUUUGCUCUUGCGCCCGAUGUUUCCAAAGCAGGCUUGGCUGCGUCGAACAUUACAGAGCUACUCACCACUCAUUCGGCCGACGAAGAGCUGAAUUCGGAUACCUCCAACAAGCUCAAAGGUUAUGAUAGUUAUCUGCUCGAUGAGAAGCAUCCCGACCCCGAAGCAGGCUAUCUCGGGCCAAAAAGCGUGAAUGCCUCCGUUGUACCUCCAAUGGUGAGCGGAAUUGGAGCAGAAUUACAGAAUGUCCACUUCGAGUAUCCAUCGCGCCCAGGACGACCAGUACUGCACGGACUCAGUUUGAGCAUUCAACCAGGCAAAUUCUGUGCGUUAGUAGGUCCCAGUGGGUCGGGAAAAUCCACAACCUUUGCUAUGUUAGAACGAUUCUACCGGCCUGAAUCUGGUGCCGUGAUAGUCGACGGUGUCGACAUUACUCGACAGCUUGGCACACAAUUCCGAGACGAUAUCGCACUCGUACCCCAGGAGAAUGUGCUCUUCGAAGGGACAGUCGCUUUCAACAUCGGUCUGGGCGCACGGCCAGGCCACCAGCCCACUCAAGAGGAGAUUGAAGAGGCCUGCCGCAUGGCCAACAUCCACGAGGUUAUCGAGGCCUUGCCAGAGGGUUAUCAUACCCAAUGCAGUCAUGACGGCAAACAAUUCUCUGGAGGGCAGCGACAACGCCUGUCAAUCGCGCGAGCUCUGAUGCGCCAUCCCCGAAUGCUGCUGCUGGACGAGUCGACAAGUGCCUUGGAUGUUGAGUCUGAAAAGCGUAUUCAAGAGGCCCUCACCACACUUGCCGGUCGCACAACCGUUGUCGCAAUUGCACACAGACUUAAUACUAUCCAUCGUGCGGACUGUAUUUACCUCAUCGAGGAUGGACGUUGCGUAGAGCAGGGUACGCAUGAAGAACUCAUUGAGCGGAGCGAGACAUAUCGGACAAGCGUCAUCCACCAAUCUCUCGAGACAUAG